AUGCAAUCAUUUAAUGAUUAGUAAUCUCACUCUACAACCUUAGAGCCAUCGAAGUAACUUAUUAUACUAUGUAGAUCAUUCAAAACUAGAGCCAUCUUUGAUUCCAUGGAGAUUUCGACUAAGUAAUUCUAUAUGUUUGAUAAUGACACAGGGGAAAUAAUAGACCUGAGAACUUCUGAGAUUGUUGAAUAUGAGUAAAUCUAAUUCUAAAAGGAAAAUGCUUGGCAAGAUUUUUGGAAAGAAUCUCAAUUGAAAACGUUGGAGCUAAUUAAAGCAUGCAAAUAAGGUUAGUUUUCUAUUGUAGAAUCAACAUUGCAAUCUUAACACUUUGUUGAUAUAAAUGCUAAGGAUUCCAAUGAUCAAACAUGUCUCCAUUUUGCUUGUAGUUCUGGUAACUUCUAAAUUGCUUAUCAUCUAAUAUAAAAAGGGAGUUUUUUGAAUGAAUAAGAUUGCGAUGGUUGUACUCCUUUGAUGAUAUGUGUUAAAGGCAACCUCAUAGACAUAGUUACCUUGUUAUUAUACAACAAAGCAAAUGUAGACAGAUAGGAUUUUUCGAUGAAUACUCCUCUUCAUGUUGCUUUGGAGAAUAAUUCCUUAGAAAUAAUAUAAAUUUUGCUUAAAUAUAAAGCUGAUCCCUAUAUUAAGAACGCAGACAAUAUCAAUGCACUUUAGUUGAUAUCAAAUACUGAAUAGUAAUAAAUAUUCAAAUAAUUCGGAUAUGAAAAGUAAUAUGUUAUAGAAAAACUGGUUAAAAGCACUAAGGAAUCAAAAGACUAAAAGGAUUCAAAUUCAUCCUAUCGUCAAAGCAUCAAUAGAAUAAUGAAGUUUUUGGGGUAAUCUGUUCCAACCAAUACUUUAUAAAAGUAAACUUAUCAGGCAAGAUAAUCAGUGAUUCAAAUAGGAGGUCAGAAUAUUGGGCCGGAUUCAUUUACAUAUCACAAAGAGUUAGGUAAAGGCGCUUUUGGAAUAGUUUAUCUGGUUAAGAAAAAAGAUGAAUAAAAUAGCUUAUAUGCAAUGAAAGUAUUGAGAAAAGAGAAAAUAAGUUAGAAACUAUUACCUUAUAUUUAAACAGAGAAAUCCAUCCUCUCUGUGAUUGAUCAUCCUUUUAUUGUGAAAUUACAUUAUGCCUUUUAAACCCAACAUAAGUUAUUUUUAGUAAUGGAUUUUUGUCCUGGGGGAGACUUAACUAAACUGUUAGAUUUAAAGUCUAGAUUGUCAGAGCAGGUUGCUAAAAUGUACACUGCUGAGAUCAUCUUGGCCAUUGAAGCACUGCAUCAAAAUAAGAUUAUGUACAGAGAUCUAAAACCCUAAAACAUUAUUAUUGACAAUAAAGGACAUUGUAUGUUAACUGAUUUCGGUUUGGCUAAAACUGAUAUUGAAAAUGAGAAUACAAAAUCCUUUUGUGGUACUCCUGCCUAUAUGGCACCAGAAGUUGUCAAUAGAAAAUUCUACAAUCGUUCAGUUGAUUGGUAUCAAUUGGGUACCAUAACACAUGAAAUGCUGUUUGGUAUGCCUCCGUAUUAUAGUCACAACAGAGAAGAAUUAUUUGAGAAUAUCAAAAAUAAAUAACUUAAAUUUCCUUAAAAUAAUCUAUCAAAAGAGGCUCUUUCAUUCAUUUAAUAAUUAUUAGAGAGAAAUCCUACAAAGAGACUUGGCGCAAAGAAGGACUCAGAAGAAGUUAAGGCUCAUCCUUGGUUUUCAGACAUCAAUUGGGAUUUGGCAAUCAAUAAAAAAUUACCAGUUCCCAUGCCGAGCAUUAUGAAUCAAGCCAAUCAGACUCUGCAAGUGAAUUUUGAUGAAGAUUCUAUAAUCCAAUAGAGAAAAGCAGUAGAUAAUUGGACUUUUAUUUCUGAUUGA